AUUUCUCAAUAAAAUUAUGGAAAAAAUAUGGUUCUUAAUGAGGGACCAUAUCUUGGGAAAAUGACAAGAACGAGGUGACUGAAAAGGUUUCAGGGCUUUUCGGACUUCUCAAGACUUGCUACAGUAAACACAUACUACACUGAAUUUAUUUUCAAGCUACAACAAGAAGAAAAGUCAAUUUCACUUGAAAACACACAAAAACCUUUCCAAGCAGCACUGGGGAGGCUCGGAAAACCCAGGCAUAGAGCUCAGUAAUAAGCCACACCCACACUCGUCAUUGAUUGGUUGUUGAGGCAAGUAGGCCAACCACAGCGCCCAGGAGGCGAAACAAACGUCACGUCCGGGGGCGGGACGUCAGAGACUGCGGCGCGCGCCUGAGCGGGCGGUCUCCAUGGUAACCAGCAGGGCCCCGCGCGCGGCCCCUCCGUCUCGGCCGCCGUCGCCCCCUCGUCGGCCCCGCCCGCACACAGGCCGUGCGGUGAUUGCCCUGCGCCAGCCUUGACCCGGACCCUUCCGGCGCAGGCCGCACCUGCCGGAGGCCGCGCGCCGCCCUUGCCCUCGCCGCCUCGCUGACCGGGAAGCAGUUCCGGCGGCGCCGCGGUGACUCAUCGACCUGGCCGCGGCCCGUAGCUGUCCCUGGCGGUCGCGGCCGGCGCGAAAGAAGCCGCGAGACCCCAGGUACGCGCGCCCGCAGCCUCGCGCUAGCCGGGCCCCCGCAGGUGCCGCCCUCUUUGUUCUGCGCGGGUGGGCGCGGGGCUCUGAGCCGGCCGUGCGUCCCUCACCCGCUCUUCCGCAGUCGACACUGUAAAAAAGGAAAAAAAAGUCUUCAGCCUUCAGGGCCCGGAACGGCCCGGCCUCACGCUCGCCCUCGGCGCCCCAGGAGGCCGUCCUUAAAGAGCUGCAUCCGGAACCGGAACCAGGCCGCGACCCCGAGGCCUGCUCGGGCCUGGCCGCCCCUCCGCCCUGCACCCCAGCCUGCCCAGACGUCCCUGCCCCGGCCCGCCCGGCCCCAGCACCCCGAGGCCUCCGAUUGAUUCUGGCGCCCCGGCCUCUUUGGGCCCACCCAUCGGCCUCCGCGUGUGGCCCACCGCGGCCGGGAUGGUGCAGCCGCAGACGUCCAAGGCCGAAGGCCCGGCCUCAGCCUCUGCCGCCAACGCCCAGAUGGACGACGUGAUCGACACGCUGACCUCGCUGCGCCUCACCAACUCCGCGCUGCGUCGCGAGGCCUCCACGCUGCGCGCCGAGAAGGCCAACCUCACCAACAUGCUGGAGAGCGUGAUGGCCGAGCUGACCCUGCUGCGCACCCGCGCGCGCAUUCCCGGGGCGCUGCAGAUCACGCCGCCCAUCUCGGCCAUCACCUCCAACGGGAGUCGCCCCAUGACCACGCCGCCCACCUCGCUGCCCGAGCCCUUCUCCGGAGACCCGGGCCAGCUGGCGGGCUUCCUGAUGCAGAUGGACAGGUUCAUGAUCUUCCAGGCGUCCCGCUUCCCAGGUGAGGCGGAGCGGGUGGCCUUCCUUGUGUCCCGCCUGACCGGGGAGGCUGAGAAGUGGGCCAUCCCGCACAUGCAGCCGGACAGCCCCUUGCGGAACGACUAUCAGGGCUUCCUGGCCGAGUUGCGGAGAACCUACAAGUCCCCUCUGCGGCACGCGCGCCGUGCCCAGAUCAGGAAGACUUCUGCCUCCAACAGGGCGGUGCGCGAGCGGCAGAUGCUGUGCCGCCAGCUGGCCGCGGCGGGCACUGGGCCCUGCCCUGUGCAUCCGGCUUCCAAUGGGACCAGUCCAGCUCCGGCUCUGCCCACUCGGGCGCGAAACCUUUAGGCCGCCACCACCCCAGUAGCAUCUGCAGCCAUCCGGGUAGCGUAGGCUCUGUUGUGGAGAAGAAAUGUCCAUGUGACAGCAUCGCCCUUUCGAAGCCGUCCCCUCCAGUGCCUCGUAUUCCAUAGAUCUUCCUCCUGCCCCGCUUGGCUCCCGGUCACCUGCCUUGCUUCCUGUUGUCACGUGCUGGCUCUGUACCUGCAUCUCAGUGCAUGCCCCCCUCCUUGCAACCUCAGCUGCACCAGCAACUUUGCUGCUCUAGGCCCACUGUCCCCACAGCGCACUCUGGACCAUUUGGACUGCACCCUCGACCCCUAGCUCGGACACUCCUGCUGUACCUUUUGUGAGGCCGGGGUAACUCCCUACCUGGUUGCCUUGCUCCUGCCAACAGGUUCUGGGUGGAAAGAACCAGCCUGGCCAGGCUGGUGGCGUGAUACACACACACCUGGAGAAGGAGCUCUGGCUGUCUCCCUCUGCUGGCCACCAGCCCUGCCACCCCUUCCCAGGGCCUAGGAUAGUGGGCAGCGCCUUGUCCCUACCAUCAGUGGCCAAGUACUGCUCCAGCAUCACCAGGGGCAACCUCCACUUUGCACCACCACACAGCCCAGCUGGGUGGACCCGCUUGGCAGGGAGAGGGAGGCAGUCUCCCGAUGCACUGCCAUCCAUGCCCAGCUUCAGCUGCCAGGGUUUUGAUGGUCCCAAGAAAUACGGGGGUUAUGCUUGUGUGCUCUCGAAGGCCCUUGUGGACCAGCGACCCUGGGCAGUUCCAUCAGAUCACCAUGGGCAGUGGACUCAUGCACACCCAUUGCCAAGAACUGUGGCAUGCUGAGGUGUGGACACUAGUGGCUCUUUUGCUGGUGAGGCGCUCACGAGCUGCUAGUAUCAGCCGUGUCUCUUAGUGGCCUGACUGGAGACCCAUUCGUUUUUCAUUCGGGCACUGCAUGGCCCUCAGCUCGUUCCUUAGCCACCCCUACCAUCUCCAGGUCUCCAGAGGUGCCGUUUGGCACACCCUUCCUGUACCUAGGUGGCUGUGUCUUUUUAUCCACGAACGAGUAGGUUUCCUCUUACAGCAAGACGGCUCCUCUGGGAAAUAUCUUCAGCAUGGAAGGCAGAGUUGUGGACAGCUGGGUCCUGGAGUGGGGAUGUCACAGGACUGGCUGUGUGUCCUUCAGAGGGACACAGCUGUACCUUGAAGAGUGUGGCCUUGGCUUCCUUGCAGAGAGACAAGCAUGAAGUCUUGUUCUGAUCCCAGCUUGGCCCAGCCCUUUGGACUGUGACACGCCAGCCAUACUUCAUUGUUGUGUGAACUGUGUGACCUGGGAGGAGACAGGCUUCACCUUCCCCGACUGGUAGUCCUGCCUUGAUUGCAGAAGGGCUCCUUGUGCGCCCACCCAGAGCAGACUGUGUUCUAGGAUCCAGAGCUUCAGUCCUGGGAACCAUCUCCAGGGAGUUUCCAUGCUGCUGGAAAAGUGGCUGUGUUUCUAAGGCAACCGCUGCCAUCCCAGGUCACGGAGACCGAAUGAUUGUUGAAUUUGUGAGCGUGGCCACCUGCGUAACUGUUAGCUCAGUUGCCCUGCCGACCAGCUCCUUGGACAUAGGCUUCGGGUUCUCCUGGACUCUGCCCAGGCCCUUCCAGUUGAACAUGGUGCUCAGUAAUUGAGAGUGGCAGGAAGGGUCCUCAGUGGGGCUGCCAUGUGAGGUGGGCUGGUGCUGGUCACCUCCUCCUGUGCCCUUCUGUCCCUGCGGCUGUGUUGGCAGGCCUCAUGCCAGCUAAUGCAGGUGUUUCCAGAUGAAGGGAGAUAGCAGCACCAGGAGACCUGGAAAGAGUUCCAUGUGGCCUGGCCCACAUAUGUCACCUCCCCGGCCCUGUCUCCCCCAGGUGGGCCGGUGAGUGCUCCUGUCCCCUCUCCAGCCCUGUGGGAGCUGGAACCACAAGGGCAAGGCUGGCUACCCCUCUGUCCACAUCUGCUGCUGGCCCUUUGCCUCCGAUGGUUGUGCCUGCUCAAGGCUGCCGCUGUUCCGGCUGCACCUAGUUUGGUGGCUGCCGUAUGUUUCGUGCCCUGGUACUCCUAUCUGUGGGCCCAGGACGCAUGCCGUCAUGCAGGUGUCGCCUUCUCGAUAGCUCCCGCGACUCGACCUGGAGCAGAUGAGAGAGGGCUGAGAGACUGCCAGAAGUACUGCGGGUCAGUCACGCCUGCAGGAGGGGACACCCAGGCAGGGGAUGAGACUCGAGGCCCACGCAGCCCCGGAGGGAGGCCAUGGUGACAAAGGGACCAAGCAAAAGCCAGCUGGGACGUGUAUAUAUUGGGGUUAGAGUUUCUCCAGCUUGCGGAGAACAGGUAGUGAAAGGCGGUGGAGUUAGUGCAUGUGAAGAGUUUCUGUUGCUCUUGGUGUCGUCAUUGUUGGGACGGUGUUGUGCCCGCUGUCUGGUCCGCAUGGUCCCUGUCUGGUGAGUAAGCUUUGUGGCAUGCCAGGACACACGUGGCAGUGGCAUUUGGUAGGGGUGACUUCCUGGCCUAGGGUGCAGUGUGACCUGGAGACGGAUUCUUAUCCUGAAGCCUUUUGGUGACUUCUGUGAACCAGCAGGACCUAUGUCAUUGACCCCAGCUGAGUAGAUGACAGGUAUGAAAUAUAUCUUGGGGUGGCGAGGCAGGACCAUCCUGACCCACCUGUGCCUACUGUCAUGGAGCAGAGAGCCACCCUCACCACCAGGCGAGCUCACCAGAUGUUCCCUCCCUCGAGACAGUACCCGGAUAUAGACCUGGGGGCUGGGCACACCCUGGGGUAAAGGCAGAGGCUUGUGGAGGUCCUCGUCUUGCAGUGUGAGCAGUUGGACCUGGUCCCUGCUCAGGACAAGUCAUUGAGGGGCUUUGAGAAGGCCAGGAAUGGUUGCGUCCGUGGGCAGGGCUGCCCGGGAUUGGGGCUGGUGGGACAGUGUCUCUUGGUCACAGAGUGGCAAGGACCUCGAGUCUCAAUGGCAUCGUUUCUUGGGGACUUCACAUUAGGUUUGAUGGUGAGGGGCCCAGGAUAGAGGCAGGAAAGUGAGCGCACACGUUCGCACUAAGUCCCCAGCAGGUCUCUGCACUCCCUGCGUGAAGCUGGGUGUUCCAGGGACUGGGGGAAUCGAGCAGCGGCAAGGGCCGAGUAGGCGAACGCUGUAGCCUCUCCUUCCAGGCCCCGGCCCACGGUUUCUUGGCAUUUUCUGUGGUUAGGACACUGAUGCCGUCUGUAACGAUGCUGCCCUUACUGGCAGUGUCGCAGCUGCCACUGUCGGGACAACUCGUCCGCGCUGGCUGCCAGCUAGCUCUUCACCAGGCGAGGGACAGCGGCGCCAGGUACUGAUGAGUGCUGUUGCUCCGUCCUCACUGUCCCAAGGGACGAGUUCCCAGUGCAUCAGGUCUUCUCCCCAUGUCGUCAUGCCUUGAGAUAGAUUCCCUGGGGGUCAUUAAAGAUAUGAAGACAGUCCAGGGUUUAUUCUCUAGUGACAAAAGGCUUCCUAAAAUGCCCAUUUACGUGCCCACCAGCAAGGGGAAGCGUGCCCAGCUGGCCAGGGUUGGGCUCAGCAUGGCCAGGUGUUCGCUGGUUGGUAACAGCAGACGCGUUGUGUCUCAGCUCACAGUCCCUGGAUUUCUAGCUCUGUUGAGCAUCUUUUCGCAUUUGGUGGUUGUAUUUCCUCUCUUGUGGAUUGUCAGUGUCCUUCGCUCUACCUAUGAGGUCUGAGAAUUUGUAUAAGCUCAUUAUAUAUUAAAGAUACUAACCUGGUGUGUGUCAUGUUUG